AUGCCCCCCUCACUUGGUAUUCCUGCUGUUUCUCCCGUCGUCGAGUCUAGUGACGGUAAAUUCAUCCAUGACAGUGCUCAUCAUGUCCGGCUUCAUCACGAGCCUAGUAGGGGAAUGAAAUCCACAGACCCCAACUCUCCCAAUGAUGUAUCAUGCCUCCCACCCGUAAUAUAUCAUAUGUCGUGCUACGCAAAGCGGGCUAGCUCGAGAUUCAAGCCUUAUCAGCCGGGCAGGCAGGUCCCUACAGCCCUAGAGCACCGUUUCAUGAAGAAAAACAUUCUGAAGCGCAAUGAGGCUGAUCUCAGUCUGAUAGACGUCCAGCAGGGCAAAGAGAUCUUCAACAACGGUGUGCGGCAUAUGUCAGACGCGAUUCUCCAGUCAGCUGUUAUCGCAAAGCGAGCUGAUGCUGAAAGCAAGCGCUUGCACACUCUCACAACAGCAUGGGACCUCGAGUCAACUGAAAGACACGCGGUACUUCUUCAAACAAUUCUCAAGGAUAAUGCGGCACAGUAUCUUGAGAGCCUGGCAGAGGCAGCCUUUUUCGAAUCAGUGAUGGUCAAACGUUCCUAUCAGCAGCUCGAAGAUGACGCUGACUUCACCGUCGCUGCGUAUACACACGAUACCACAGCACACAAUAUGGUGGACAAGCAACUUGAUCAUCUAGAAGAGAUUGGUGCUGAGCGGGGCUUGUCCUGGGAGGACACUGAUGAUACGGACGCGGUCAAAAAACGCUUCACUGGAUGCUUGGAUUCCAUGCUGGGAGAAGGGAAGAAUAUGAUCAUGGUUUCCUGA